AUGAACAAGGUGAUGAGCGACGUGCCAGCGACAUCUCCUUUAACCAUUGCGCCAAACAACCCCAAGGAAGGCUUUUCUUUACACUUAUGCUCGUCAUUCAAUUCACUGGUUCAGAUUCGAAUUCUGCAUUGUUCGGUGUGCGAUGAGAAAUGCUAUGGUGAAGAUGCAUUAGACGAGCAUAGGCUUUUCAGUCACUGCAAGGUGCCUCGAGCGGAUGCCUGCGCCGCUUGCCAAGCCCCUCUGAAAACCCCGGAAGAUUUCGAAAAGCACACCAGAAUGCAUACCACUGAUCUCUAUAUGCACUGUGCUGUUUGCAGCUUGUACUUCAUUGUCAAUUUCACAUGCACAAACGAUCGGAUACCGAAGAUGGUGAACAAAACUUGCGGUAUUUGCGGGAAGGUACUAGUGAAUCAAUUCCAAUUAAACGUACAUUUGAUGGAGCACGAUAAUCGCCGGUGCUGUCCGCAUUGUUUACGGCCCUUCGCCUUGGCACAGCACUUGCUUACCCACGUGGCGGAGGAACACAAUGAGGAGCAACCACUACACUGCUGUGAAAUGUGUGACGAGAGUUUCCGAUUUGCUGUUCAAUUGGAAAACCAUGUACUCAAACAUGUCACGGAGCCAAAAACUGGGUUAGUAUCGCUAUUAUAG